CCUCUGAAGACGCAGCAGCAGCGGGUCGCUCCUCUGAGGUAUACCCCGAAAGGCAGCCAUGGAAGGAUCCUAUGUAGACAAGGCGUACACCACGGACACCGUGUACGCCCAGAAGGCCAAGAUCGAGAAGGCCAAGAAGAGAGACCGCAUCUGCACUGAGGUGGUGGCUCUGGUCAUUGGCUUUAUUGGGCUGAUCGGCGUGGCGGCCGUGACGGGGCUGCCCAUGUGGAAGGUGACGGCCUUCAUCGGGGAGAACAUCAUCAUCAUGGAGACGCGCUGGGAGGGCCUGUGGAUGAACUGCUUCAGGCAGGCCAACAUCAGGAUGCAGUGCAAGGUGUAUGACUCCCUGCUGAUCCUGCCCCCGGAGCUGCAGGCAUCCCGCGGGCUCAUGUGCUGCUCAGUGGCCCUCACCUGCAUUGCCCUCAUUGUGUCCGCCGUGGGCAUGCGCUGCACCAAGAUGGUGGACUACCACCCCCGGACCAAGCACAUUGUCCUGGUGGUGGGGGGCUGCCUCUUCCUCAUGGGCUGCAUCACCACCUUAAUCCCCGUCUCCUGGACCGGCCACGUCAUCAUCCGGGACUUCUACAACCCGCUCCUGAUCGAUGCCCAGCGCAGGGAGCUGGGAGAGGCGCUCUACAUCGGCUGGGUGACCUCCGCCCUGCUGUUCACCUCUGGGGUCAUGCUCUUGUGCCGCCACGCGCCCCGGACACAGGACCCGGAUGAGGACAGGCCAAUGAUGUACGCCCCCGGCUCCGUGCCCUACACCUACCAGCCCGGCUACACAUAUAAGCCCGCGUACACCUACAACCCCGCUUACUCGUACCAGCCGGCUUACUCCUACCAGCCUGCCUACUCCUACGUGCCUCCCCAGGGAUCUGUCAUUUACAACCCUGCCCGGUCAGUGUGAGGGCGUUCGUCCUCCACGUCUGACUUUCAAAUUUCAACAUGAAUUCAAGGCUGAAUUCAUGGAAAAAAACAACUGCUCUUGGCACAGUUUGCUGAACAGAACUGAACCUUUGUUUUGUUUAAGGAACUAAAACUAAGUCAGCAGAUAUGUGUGAAAUUUAAAGUGAAGCAGUAGAUGUUUGUGUAUGUAUAUCACAAUGUGUCUUUGUGAAUACUGUUUUUUAUAUUUUGUUUUCAUAAGGAUGAGAGGAGAAACUUCCUCCCCAUUCAAAAAAUAUGUUAAACACAUCCAAAAUCGUUCAAGUUUAAAUCUGAGAUCCUGGAAUAUCAUGUAAUGAUUCACUUAGUAUAUGACUUUCUACUUUGUGUACAGUAAUAUUGUGAGGUAGGUAUAAAUGAUUCUUUUCAGGUAGUUUUACCUUGACUUGUUUACAAUGUUAACUUUGCACAAAUAAUAACCACAAUAUAGAAAAUAUACCAUUUAAAUGAUUUUAAGAUUUCUCCCACAAAGCAAUUCACGUACCUUACACAGUUUAUCAGUUUUUUC